UUAGAGGAUAGAGGCUUAGUUGGUCCUCAGCGUAGAAAGAGCGCAGGAAACCUUAUAAACAAUCUGGACGAUCCAGCGAUCCAGACUGUGGAAUAAUUUAAUUUAUACAUUCCUCUCUGGGUCACCAGCUGCUGAAUGAUUUGAAGGAGCCUCAAUGCUUUAACUGAGUAUUUCAUUGGAGUCGGUUUUGCCUUUUUAAAAAAUAAUUUUACAUUUAAUUUAUUUGCUGAAUCAACAGUAGAGAAAAUGAAGGACCGACUGGCCCAGCUGAAGGAGAAGAGUGAUCCUGGCGGUGACGACAUCCAGGUUCCCGUGGAAAACGAGGCUUUCAUGGAUGACUUCUUUGCACAGAUUGAAGAUAUUCGCACCAGCAUUGACAAAGUCGAUGAGAGUGUGACAGAGAUUAAAAAACUCUACUCCUCCAUCUUGUCGGCCCCCACACCUGACCAAAAAACUCAGGAUGAUGUUGAAACUCUCACCAAUGAGAUAAAAAAGUCAGCUAACAACGCAAGAAACAAGCUGAAGAGUAUUGAGCGACAGCUUGAGUCAAACACAGAUGAAAGGGCCUCUGCAGACCUCAGGAUACGCAAGUCACAGCAUGCAAUAUUGGCUAAAAAGUUUGUUGAAGUCAUGACAAAAUACAACGAGGCUCAAGUUGACUUCAGGGAUAAGAGCAAAGGACGAAUUGCCCGGCAGCUUGAGAUCACAGGGAAAAAAACAACUGAUGAGGAACUGGAGGAGAUGCUGGAGGGGGGAAAUUCAGCUGUCUUCUCUGCAGGGAUCACAGAGUCCAAGAUUAACCAGCAGGCCCUGAACGAGAUCGAGGCCCGUCACAAAGACAUCAUGAGGCUGGAAAGCAGCAUCAAAGAGCUCCAUGACAUGUUUGUUGAUAUCGCCAUGCUGGUGGAGAACCAGGGCGGGAUGAUAGACAGAAUUGAAAGCAACAUGGAUCAGUCGGUGGGGUUUGUUGAGAGGGCGGUGGCAGACACCAAGAAGGCUGCCAAGUACCAGCAGGAAGCGCGCCGGAAACAAAUGAUGAUCUUCUGCUGCUGUGUGAUUCUGGCCAUCAUCUUCGGCUCGUUUGUCUACAGUUUCAUCAAAUAGCGGAUCUGUCUGAGUCUGGAAACAGAAAAGAACUGUUCAAAUGUGGCCAUGGAUUCUUUUCAGUGUCGUGUGGAUCUGAGUCAAGAUAGAAAGAAACAAAAAAUGUAUUUUAAAAAAAGAUUCUGUUUUCAUUGUAAGCUUAAGGCAACACUACAAACCACAUUAGAAAUUUCAGUGCAGUGUGAACAUCCAUAGUUAAAUAAAUGGAAAUAUAGUCAGAGGAAAACCUAAUUUCUGCCAAAACCUAAAAGUUUUUCAAAAGUUUUUGGUAGACCGAUUCUGUGUAGUUAUAUUUAAUCUAUAUUUGAAAACUCAAUGGACGUAAAAAGUACAAUCUGUCUGUGAUUGUGUUUUAUUGUGUACAACACAAUAAAAAUAGCAUUAUGAU